AUGCCAGAGAGCAGCACAUCCUCGGUAGUUCCGGCGCAACUCUCGUUUUUGGCCAUCUACAAUCCGCUACUCGGAGCUACGGACGAAACCAUUAGAGAACAGAUUGUCUUUUACACAUCGAAAUCAUGUCUCUCGCGACGGCAAGAUAGUUCUGCUGGACACAGUGAUAAGGAGACCAAUGAUGAAUGGAAUGAUAGAUUGCGCCAGGUGGGCCUGGCGCAGGGUAUGGUGACGUUUGCCAGGAAUUUCUCAGACGGGAAAGCCGUCGACUUCGUAGAGACAGAGAAAUCGCAAAUUGUCCUACACGAAGUAGAGAAGGAUUGGUGGAUCUUGGCCUCUAUCGACCUGACUCGACUACCGACGGACCAUAACAAUGGAUCUUCCUCGAAACGAGAUGCUUCGGAAGCUUCUUUCCAAUACUCCUCUAGAGAAAUGGCUCCCCCACAGCUCCUAAUCCAACAACUUCGUCGGGCGCAUUCGACAUUCCUUCUUCACCAUGCUGCAAGCCUCGAUGCACUUUACAAAAGUGCUGGCCGGUCCACGUUUUGCCUAUUCCUCGAGAACUUCUGGAUGCGCUUUGCUUGGAGCUGGGAAGUUCUUCUUGGCGGAAACCCAGUUGUCGAGAUGUACAAUGGUGUAAAGCUCUUCGCUGGAGGCGAGCUUGGUAUUGGCGUUGGUGAGGAGGAAUGGGGAAGCGGGGAAAGGGAGGUGCUCGAAGACUUUGUCUCAAGGACAGAUGGACUUGUUGAUUUGGUUGUGUCCCGAUUUGGUGAUCCGUACGAUCCAAGUGGUAGUCCUCAAACGACAAGUGGACCGGAAAGCGACGCCGAGAACAGAUGGCUUGGCUUUGAUGCUUAUCCACGUCCUUCAGAUGGUGUCGUAUUCUCGGGUAUUGGAGCGGUCACACGAUGCUCCCUUGUAUCUUUAUCCCAGUGGAUGGAAUGGAUAUACAUAUACGGUGCUGACGCUUAUGGAGUCGGCGAGGAUCCAACCUCGCCAAGGCAUCGAAAACGGAGGAGACGGCAACGGGGAACACUGCCUGGAAAAUCUACCAGCAGCCAGCUCGCACCCACGGAUGCUACACAGGGGGCUGCUACAGAUCGUCCAUUCUCCCCAGGUAUCCCCCGGCCACUUGUUGGAGGGGCACCGGCCCCUCAACCAACCCCAAGGGACCCCCAGGAAAAGGCAGCGCCACAAACGAAUAAUGAAAACGCCGAGAACCAGAAUGGUCAGACAAGUGAUUGGAUGGCAACAGGAACAGAGACGUUCGUAAGGUAUCUCACGCUCGGUUACGGCUCAUCAUGGGGCCUCUCGGGGUCAUCUAGUCGUACAUCUAGUCCGCAUCCUCAAGCCGAGACAUCGACAAGAGAGAACGCCUCCAGUGAGGCAAAUAACUCCAAUACUCAAGCUCGCACGCAAGAGUCAUCAAACUCAAAUGAUCGCCCACGGCGCCGCGACCAUGGGAGGUUUCUUAUCGGUUUACAGGAUAGCGCAACCAGCCCAGACAUUGUACUAGAAGAAACAGAACCUUCUGAUCCUGCUGUCAGCCCGAAUGAAAAGAUAGCCAAAAGGACGGUAUACGUUCAAAUGGCAGAUUCACAGCAAGAUACAACAGACUCAGUACAACUCCGCGCUGUAGUGUACAUCCACCAACCAUUCAUAUACACCUUCCUCUUCGACAUCACAACACCAUCGCUCUCCGAGCCCUCUCUCUACCACAGUAUACAUCAUCAACUCGGGCCCCUCCAAAAGCCACUCAGCGCGUCUACCUCUCCAUCGACGGCAAACUCUCGAAUUUCCGAAAUUCCGGGUUCUAAUAUCAAACCCCAGCAACAACAACACCCGAUAUGCGACCUUGUAUACGAUCCACACAACCUCUCCAUCCGCUCGUCUAUCCCCAACAUCCCGGACCUUCUAUCCCACCUCCAGAACCAACACAUAAGCGGAGACUUAUCCCUCUCUCGGAUCGAAGCAAUAAGCAUCCACCAUCGUCUCCUUACGACAUACAUCGAGACCCGGUCUCGGCCCCUUGAACUCGAACGAACAUGCAAAACUAGCCGCGGGUGGUGGAUCGUUUGGGUCCGUGUUUCCGCGCCUCCACAGACUCAAUCAGAUCCGCCGGAUGCAGACAGAGAUAAACAACAGGAAGCCUUCAUUAUCCGCCAAGCUAGCGAUCACAUUGCUUAUUCAAACCACACUCGCAAUACUAGCAGUAUUGGUGGUGGUAGUGGGGCGCGGUUCUUUAGGGAUCUCGGCGGGGCGUCAUCCCCUGGACUGGGUUCGAAAAUAGAUAUGGCACCAGGGAAACUUGUUGAAGGGCUGGGUCUUGAUGCGCGGCGGUACAUUGAAAAUUUACUCAGUUUGAAUAGAUAG